AUGAGCUUGGGAGAAAGAAUGGCGGAGAAGUGGAUGUUUUUUGAUGGUUGCAAGGGGAGUUUGAACAAAUCGUCUCGAGCGUCAUUGGGGUUCGGAUGUGUGCGAGCGCGUUGGGAAGAGGGUCACGGCGCAUGAGUCUUUUGCGGUCUUCGUAUCAUGGUGCUUCGUCGAUGUUCGAUCGCCUCUUUGAAAAAGACAACGGCGACUGA